AAACCUCAAUGACAAAAAAGCCAUAAACACACUGACCACACACACACACACACACACACACAUACACACGCAAACACACCGAUUGCACACACAAACAGGCAUGUAAACACUGACAUACCAACAUACCAAAUAAAGCUGAGUUUUCCAGGCAGGAUCUCACACACCUGACGAACCCACACAAAAAGCAAACACACAAACUCACUCUUGGAAUGUACCGCACACUCUUCCUGUGAAAAUUCAACUGUUUCCUUUAUUUUUGGGAUUUUUCUACAAGCAUUUCGAAAGCCGAUUCUGUUAUUUUUGUCCACUCUCGGGUUGGGGGGGACAAGGUGGCAGGAAUAGGAUUUAAAAACGUGUUGAAUUUAAAGCUGUAAUGUUUUUGGACAAAUUAGGACAUAAUGUUUAGACAAAUGAUUGCUGAUUGACUUUUUUUUGUUUGUUUUCUCUACAUUAGCAGAUCUGGAAAUUGAGAUUUAUGCUAGAUCUGUACAUCUGUAGAUGAGUUUUUCUUCAUUUAUUUAGUGUCCACAGCCUUUUUAAUUUUAACAGGACCCAGUUUUAGAUACAUUUUAUUACCUCGCGUGCUGGGACACAAUCUGUUAGUCUUUUUGUUUUUAUUCUAUUGGUAUUAGCACUCCAUCACUUCUUUAACACCUUUGAUAGGUAAUGUUUCUUUUAAAGCUUUAAUAAUUGAAACUACUAUAUAACUAGCAAGUAACCGCAGGCAGUUUGUAGUUAUUUCAAGGAAUUCACUACUAGUUUUUAAAGUAACUACAAGUAACUUGAUACGAGUAGUUUUGAAAGCAGGGAAGUGGUAUUGUUUUUUCUUUGGUAGCUACAGGUAAUUUGUCAGUGUGUUAGAAGGGGUGCGCUUGUUUUCUUGUUGCGUGCAUGCCCUCCACCAUGCCUCCCCAGAACACAGAGGCUGACGCUAUGCAGGUCGGAUCUCUGGAGGGCGGGGUUGACGACAAAAACUCCACAGCAUCAGGCUCGGACGAGGAGAAAGGAGGAGCAGGAGGCGCGACGGAUGGAUUGGGAGGAGGCGGCGGCGGAGGCGGAGGAGGAGGAGGAGGUCGGGGUGGGGAGGAGACAGUGAGCGAAGGAUCGAUUGAAGGCAUUUCUCUGAAGAGAUGGGUGAUGCACGGGGCUGUGAUGUUCGGCCGGGAGUUCUGCUACGCCAUGGAAACGGCGCUAGUGACGCCCGUGCUUCUGCAGAUAGGUCUUCCAGAGCAGUACUACAGUCUGACGUGGUUCCUCAGCCCGGUCCUCGGCCUCAUGUUUACCCCUCUGAUCGGCUCGGCCAGCGACCGCUGCACUCUGCGGUGGGGCAGGAGGAGACCGUUCAUCCUGGCUCUCUGCAUAGGAACACUGAUAGGGGUGGCUCUGUUUCUGAAUGGAUCGCUGAUAGGUCUGUCGCUAGGUGACGAGCAGGGGAGACAACCAAUAGGCAUCGUUCUUACCGUGCUGGGAGUUGUGGUGUUGGACUUUUGUGCGGAUGCCACAGAGGGACCAAUCAGAGCGUACUUGCUAGACGUGGCAGACACAGAGGAACAAGACAUGGCGCUCAACAUCCAUGCCGCCUCAGCAGGUCUUGGCGGUGCAGUGGGCUAUGCUCUCGGAGGUUUAGACUGGACACACACCUUCCUCGGAGCAGCCUUCAAGUCUCAGGAGCAGAUCCUGUUCUUCUUCGCCGCCAUUCUCUUCUCUGUCUCUGUGGUGUUACAUCUCUUCAGCAUCGAGGAGCAGCAGUACUCGCCCCAACAUGACAGGCUGGAUCAGGAGUGUCCAGAUCCCACCAACCUGCAAACAUCGGCCAAUGGCAGGACUGGACUUCUCGCUCCCAAGUUGGAAAUGAUUGGAGAGGAUGAGAGGAUGGACAGCUACGACCUGUACGACCCCUAUGGAGAUGACCAGUCAGAUCGUGGAGAUAUGGACAUGGACUUUCUAGAGGUGGAGCUUGUGAGAAGUAAAAGUGACAGUGUCCUUGCCAUGGCAGACGGCGCUCUGGACCACUUGGACCAUGAUGCAUUGUUCUUGUGCCACAUAGAGCCGUCCAUCUUUGCUGACCGCCUCUCACCUUAUCACGGCUCGCCACCCACCACUUCUUCCUUCUUCAACCCCAAUCACAGCACUCCCCCUCCCCGUCACGCCAACGUCAGACGCAGCAGCAGCACAGGAAGCCAAGACCUGCUCCGCCCCCAAAACAGCAACCACCAAACAAACACUCCCACCCCCAGGAUUUCCCGCCUCUCUGCUUUCUUGCAAGAAAUGGAAAAUGAUGACGGACAGGAGGCGCUGCUUAACAACCAGCUCAAUGAGCAGCGGACACUGAACGGGCGGCUGUUGGCCAGUGUAACUAAUGUUGAUAGAGUUAACACCAACAGACUGAGCUCUAAAGGACAAGCCCAUCGUGCUGGAAUGGUCAAAGCUGCCAGUACCGGAGCUCCCAUGAGGCAGUCACGUCACCGUCACACCUUCUACCGCCAGCCGUCCUGCACCUUCUCCUACUACGGCCGAGUGGGGAGCCACCGUUAUCGCCACCGCCGGGCCAACGCUGCUUUGCUCAUCAAGCCGUCUCGCAGCAUGAACGACCUGUACGAAGUGGAGGCCAGACACAGGAGGAGGAACAGACAGAGAAACAGACACCGAAGUGGAAACACCAACUCUUCCAGCGGAGAUACAGAGAGCGAGGAGGGCGAGGUUGAGACCACUGUGCGGCUGCUUUGGCUCUCGAUGCUGAAGAUGCCUCCGGAGCUGCUGCGACUGUGCGCCUGUCACCUGCUCACCUGGUUCUCCAUCAUUGCUGAGGCCGUCUUUUUCACCGACUUCAUGGGACAAGUCAUCUACGAUGGAAGUCCUACCGCUCCUGCUAACUCUACUUUGCUGGAUAAUUACCACAGAGGAGUUCAGAUGGGAUGCUGGGGGCUCGUUAUAUAUGCCAUGACUGCUGCUACAUGCUCAGCUGUUCUUCAGAAGUACCUUGACAACUUUGACCUGAGCAUUAAGGUCAUCUACAUCCUGGGGACACUUGGAUUCUCCAUAGGAACUGCUGUCAUGGCAAUCUUCCCUAACGUGUAUGUCGCUAUGGUGAUGAUCAGUAGCAUGGGCAUCAUCUCCAUGAGUAUCUCCUACUGUCCUUAUGCUCUGCUAGGACAGUAUCACGAAAUGAAAGAGUACAUCCAGCACAGUCCUGGUAACUCCCGGAGAGGCUUUGGCAUUGACUGUGCUAUCUUAUCGUGCCAGGUCUACAUCAGUCAGAUCUUGGUGGCCUCAGCUCUGGGUGCAGUGGUGGAAGCUGUUGGCAGUGUCCGUGUCAUCCCCUUGGUGGCCUCGGGGGGCUCCCUCCUUGGAUUCUUCACUGCCUGCUUUUUGGUCAUUUACCCGUCUCCAAACAGCGGGGAGGGGGAAUCGGCCAAAGCGUCGGAGAAACGGGCCUUGACGACGCUGGAAAAUCCAAACAGCAGCAAAGCUGCUGUAACCGUGGUGGUAGAGAAACCCAGCUUCCUGAAACUCAACAAGGAGGGCAAGGCCACCACCACCACCACUUCCUGUCACACGGAGAAUGAGUCUGCUCUGUAACUGGCUGGCUAAAUUAACAGACGAAUUGCUGCAUACACAACUAAAUUCACUUAUAUCAUUGAUGCUGUUGGAAAAGACUUAAGGAUGUGCCACCAACCACAGUGUGUUGGAGUUUACAGACACAAAGAAAAGAGUGGAGGGCGGUUGGUGCACUCUUGGUGUCUGUUCUUGCUUUUUCUUAUUUGGUGUGUCUUGGUAUUGCUGCAGAAAACAACUCAAUCUGAUGUGGGACCAGUGUCAUACCAGUCUGACUUUCACUAAAAAAAUCAUUCUGGUCUCAGUGCUGUUUCAGCUGCCAUCGAAAUUCCUUCCACUUAACCCUCACGGACAUUUGACUGAUCCGUCAGGGUCGUCCAGAAAUAAGUAAUACGCAGGUAAUGGUUUAAGGAGAGGUUGUCUCUGUCUCUCAGGGCCUCUAGGAGGUGCUACUGAGCAGCCGCCUGGACAGGAAACUUCAGGGGAUUCACAUACAUACAUACAAACCCUUGCACGCACACACAUCUCUUCAUCUGAAUCGAAUGAACGCCUGAAUAAUGAACGCUGUUAAUGAACUUUAGUUCUCGAAGGUGCAAUCAUUGAAAAAAAAAAAAAAAUGCUGAAAAUCGUUCUUCCUCACAGUGGAAUCGGCUUGAUCGAAUCUUUGCUCCUUGAUAUGGACGCUCAUCGACGAAAGUGUGUUUGUGUACCUGCUGACUUGGUGUCUCCAGCAGAGGCACAAUGUUCACCAAAAUAAACCUAACACACUUGGCUUUGCGGGACUUUUACAGCACUCUGCGACAGUAGCUUUAAGACUCUAGAAACUUUUGAAAGUGGCAUUUCUGAAACUAAGAGCCCGAAGCCUGGUUCCUGGGGGAAAUCAUUGAUCUUGAGCCCCUGAAUUGAUUUGAAAUGUGUUUUGUUUUUGCCCUCCGGCACAUGGCAGACUUGCUAAAAUGUUUAAUUUAGCUUUCACUCCAGGGAAAAGAUGACAAUAUUUAAGAGGCUCUGCUCGAAAGUAUAGCGCAUGAGUGUGAAAUCACCUGUAUAUUAAAAACAGAGUAAAACAGUACAAAUGUUUAUUGAGUGAAAUUCCAGGAAAGAAAGAGCAAAGAUGCAAUAUGUGCAGCAUACAGGGCAUUACAAUCCAAAAUACUACUUUAAUGACUUAUCGAAGACCCAGAGAAAAUAGUGAUAAUGAUGAUGAUGAUGAUGCUUUUUUGAAUAAUCAGAGUAACCUACAUGCUGCAUGUUAGAGGAGCAGAGAAGAAAUGAACCAAACAGCAGAGGAGAUGAGACAAGAAAUGUGGAGUUAUUCUCUUUCUCUCUCCUUUUUUUUUGUUUGCCUGUUUAUUGUAUUCAAUUUUUUGGGAAAGUGUUGUUAACACCAUGUUUGUCACUAACUGCACAUUGGCUGAGCCAUUGUUGACAAAAGCGUUGCAGCGUCCAGUUAGAAAAGCGUUGUUUAAAUACUCCAAAAGAGUGUUGGAUUUCUUUGUAUUAGGUUACCAGCAGGACGGAGCUUCCUGACACUCUUCUGUUCCAGUGGAUCUGGUCACCGUACCAGUAAUGACCAGUGUCUGCAAUGGGACACGAGCAUAAUUAGAACGGAUCCUGGUUAAUUUUAAAAAAAGAUAGGUUUCUGGGGUCCAUGUGAUGUAAGAGAGAAAAACAAAAUAAAUCCCCUUGGUGUUUAGGGUUAGGCUUGUUGCUUGAGCCUUGAUGGAGGAUUGUGUUGUCCUGUUAGAGGUGCGUUGGUUCCGCAUUAAUGAGCCAAAUAUAAUCAGUAGAGAGAAGCAGAAAAUGGUAUUUUAGCUGCUAAUUACUUCUGCAUGUUGCAUGGUGAAUUGUUAUCAACAGAGGAGAAAGGGAUUAGAAGCGAAAUUAGAGGAGGACUGGAGACUGGAGAACUUCCCUUAAAGAAAAAAGUUCAGACAUUUUAUGAAAUGUGCUUAUUCGCUGUGUUUUUGAGAGUUAGAUGAGAAGAUCGAUACCACUCUCAUGUCUGUAUGGUAAAUACGAACCCGGUCCACCCACCAGCACCUAUUUUGUUUUUUGUGCAGAUUAAAUAAACAAAAUAUAAUUAUGUGUUUAUCAAUGAGCUAGAGUUGCUGGUGGGCAGAUUUUGUUACUGUCGGACAGAGCCGGGCUAGCCGUUUCCCCUUGUUUCCAGUCUUUAGGCUAAGCUAAGCUACCCAGCUGCUGGCUGUAGCUACAUAUUUAUUGUAGACCUGAGAAAUGAGAGCGAUGUCAAUCUUCUCAUCUAACUCAGGUCAAGAACACAAAUAAGCUUAUUUCCCAAAAUGUUAAACUUUUUCUUUAAAUGUUCGACCUUAAGGUUGGAAUUGUCACAAAUUUGGAUAUGCAUGUCUUAACUUUGGGUUGAUUCAAAAUAAGACAUUGGAGUCAGAUUUUACACUUGUUGGGCUUCCCUGCAGACCUAGAAACCUAAUCUAGGUUCUAAAUCUAACUUUACAAAUCAUUAUAUCUUGAGCCUAACAGCUCUAGUUAGUUUCAUUGAAGAAGAGAUGGCUCUGAUCCAUUUUGCAUCCCUAACUCCAAUGGCUUCUGCAGAAUGGCUGCGUCUGCUGUUUAUUGAGGGCAUGCAGCGGCUGCAGCGGGGUAGUGGAUGAAGAAGUAAAACUGCUGAGUUGAGCUUUACUUCGACCCUGUUAACAUCCAUACACAGUGGUGAGACUAAUAGGCUAGUCACAAAAAUGUAUGAUUAAAAACACAGAAGGGGAUACAUGCAAGUUGUGUAAAACUAAUCUCUUGAAAGUACUUAUUGAUAUUGAGUGUGUUGACCGUUAGGGUUAAAUAAUCUUAAUCUUUGGAAUGUUUCCUUAGCCGACGAUGCUGGACGUGUAAAAACAAACUUGAAUUUAGAAAGGCAAAAUGAAAGAUUUGAUUGUUUUUCGGACAAAUGUUUGUUUUGGCAAAUGAAAGAUUUUAUUGUUUUUGGACAAAUCAGAUCAUUUGUUGCAAUAACAGCCUCUGUUAAUCAGCUGGAGGGAGGACUGUGUGAGGUUUGUGCGGGCACAGCAGGGUUGUUUGUUCCAGGUGUUUUUCCUGCGUCUGUCAGGGUGAAAGGCUGUGAAUGUGGGUCAGUUUUCCUUUCAGCUCAAUCAGCUGAAACAUGCAAAUUGAAAGGAAUCGAAAUGUAACUUGCAGUGGGUAUUACUGAUGAAAGAGCAUUUUAUUUGAGCGUGUAUUCAAGAAUUUAGCGCGGAAGCUUAUUUUCCUUUUUUGGGUUUUUAGAAGAGAAUUUACUCACUGAUGAUGUGGUUGUUAUUUUUUUCACUCGGGUGGGUGUUGUGGCCUGUUUUUAACAAAUUAGAUUCCUUCCAUAAUUUCAGGUACAUUCAGUCAGUCCCAGAGCAGAGCAGAAAAGAGAAGGAGUAUUUUGCUCCCUGGGUUGACCCUGCUCUGGCUGCGGUUCUGGGAAAAGAAAAAAAAAAAAAAAAAAAAGCAGGGAUGGGACGAUGAGAAAAGUUGAGGAGGUACAGGUGCCAGAGAUUUGCACGGCUUCUGUAACCACUAGGGCAAUAAAAUAUUCCGGAUUAAAAAAUGGACACACAACUUCAGUUUAAGGACAAACAUGAAGAUUAAAAAAAAACAACUUUGGGUUUGGGAGGUCUGCAUGCGACAACAGCGAUAAUGCAUGUGUGGAACACCAAAGUAUGACUCUGUACAAAUCACUCAAGCUCUUUUCUUUAUUGUCCUAAUAGGUCAGGGAUGUAUUUUCUAAUGCAUGGCUGGAUGUUUGUGUCUUUUUUGUUUGAACUUAAAUGUGUAAAAAAACAAAAACAAACCAACAUGUACUCUUUAAGCUGAAGCAUUGUGCUCGCUCUGGGUCAAGUACACUCUUAACAAGCAUGUGACUUUUACAUUUUUGCACACUUACGAGUAAAGUUUCAGACAGCGCUCAUCUUGUCGCUUUACGACACAACAUACACGUAGACAGAGGGUGGGUAGGUGUUGAAAUGUGUAAAAAGACGAGAUGUGUGUCGUCCCGAGCAACACUCCUUGUUAAAAGUGUAGGUGAGAAAAAUCCAAGCCGUGAAUACUUGAAAUGCAACUUGGGUGUUUCUGUUCCAAUGCAGUGGAAAGUCUUCGUUUUUUUUUUUUUUUUUUUAAUUUUUGGGAAGGCUGGUGUUCUUAAUGUCCCAAGCCUUUUUACCGUUGACUCUGGAAUGUUCAGACAGCACAGCCACUCGCUUGGCCUGCUGGGAGAUUGAGUUCUUACCUUUGAUUCCAUCUGGUGACUUAAAUGUUUAAAAAAAAAAAAAAAAAAAAAAAAA